GUGACAGGCGUACGGCCAUGGCCCUCUUCUUGUUAGAUUGCAUUACUCCUCGAACAUGAUACUGGGUCACCCGCGACCACCUUUAGCGCGACACACAUAUCUUUAACAUCAUGGUGACCGAAAGCGCAAAGGCCGCGGGCUACAUCCAGCAACUGGACGAGGCUCGCUGUGCCGGACGAUGGAAAGACGUUCCCGAGCUGUGCAGGAAGGUCGAGAAGCAUGCCUCACACCGCCGAUGCCUCACACUCACUGGUCGCGCUGAAGCGCAGAUAGCCGCCUAUGCCACCCAGCGACCCUCGACUGCAGCCUCGACGGCCUCCUCUGGCCUUUCCCAGACCGCACCCACACUGCUCGGCGCAAUCGAAGGAGAGGAUGAUCUAUCUCAAGAAGGCUUCCAGGCCACUGUCUGUCUGGGGUGGCUACACUAUGUGCUAGACGAGCCAGAACAAGCUGUAUCGCGCCUUCCCGAUAGCCUUGACACAGUUGCUGCCAGACUUUCUGGGCAAGCGGGGUCACUUACUGGCUGGACGAAAGUAUCUGUGGUCAAGGGCACGUUCCUGAAGGGCUCAUCCCAGGAGAAGACAGGCGCCACUGCUGACGCUGUGAAGACGUACACCUCCAUCCUGCCAUGGCUGUCGUCACAAAACGGUGAAACCGCACAAUUCAGAAUGUGGACCGAGUCCCUUCUCGGUCGACUCUGCCAGCUGUCAGAUCAAAGUGAGGGCAGCAGCAGCCUGAUCAGCCCUUCUGAGGCUCUGCAGACGUUCCGUGCAUUCGCUAAAUUCUCGGAUAAUGCAGGGCAGGCUGCUGGGUCAGACACUGCAGAUCACGCUAAGUCACGUCGACUGGCCUGGAAGGCGUACUACGAUACCUUAUCGACCAUCAUACGCAACAAUCUGCCCUACGACGCAGGAACCGCACAUGCUACCUCAGAAAAACCUGCACACGACCAAGCUAGUGCACGACUACAACAGCGCGCCGAGUUGAAGCGUGUAGAGACUAUCUACGAGAAUCUGCUGAUCAAAGAAACACACUUCCCUAAAGCCAGCGAGAGCAAUCACGAGGUUGAAGUUUGGGUCGACUCUGUCAUCCACAACUGGCGCGUACUUUGCGGCGCAUCCUGGACCGACGGUGAACUGGGCGAGGGUGGGAAAGAAGGUGUAGGGCGCAGUGUGAUCGACAUUUUGUAUCGAGCUGCCACCAAGACCUUUCACUCUACACAGAUCUUACGCUACCUGUUCAUUGUACACGCAUCCUUAGCCGAGUUCGAUCUGGCAUUCAAAGCUUACGACUCGUAUAUCGAGAUCGUAACACGAGGCAAAGAUCGUGCGGAGCAAGAGGACACAGCAGAAGAGGAUGUUGAUGAUGAUAGUACUGUCCUCCGAACGUCAGCAGAAGCAAUUCGAUUGUUGUGUCGAUUCGGGUGUCGCACAGAAGCUGAGAAAGCCAUCAAGAUUGGGCAUAACCUGGAAGAGUGGUUGAACCACUACGAAGACAUUAAACCAAUCACUAAUGCCAAUGAGGUACCAGCAAAGAAGCCGGUGGUCGAGCCUACUGCAUUAGCUGUCGCGUACUGUGCUAUUGGUGUCAGCCAAGCACAUUGGGCGCAAUUCACAUAUGAUGCAGACGCGCGAGCCGGCAUACAAGCAAAAGCCAUUCAGCUACUGCGCAGGUCUCUUUCGCCAGCUCUUGAAGACUCGAACAAUGUCGAUGCGUUGUAUGCUCUGGCCAUCGUUUUGGCCGAAACACGAGACAUAGUUGGAGCAAUCAAGGUCGCAAAGCGCGCACUCUCUUCAGCUACAAAGACACAGGCUGCAUACAGCCCAGACGGUGUCCUCUCGCGAGGAUCAGCCACUGACUUUGGUCGUGAGCGAAAGUUGAUUCCCCUGUGGCACCUCCUCGCCUUGCUUCUGACAUCGCGUUCUGAACAUACUGCGGCAGAGAAGGCUUGCGAGGCAGCUUUCGCGCAAUUCGGAGAUCCAGCAGUUCUUUUCGGGACAGACGCUGGAACAUUCCGCAGUGAACAUCUGAAGGAUGCUACUGGUCGCAACGCAAGCCCAUCUGGCAUCGUCGACCGCAUGGGUAGUUUCGAAAAGGCCGGUAUCUUACAGAUCAAAAUGACCCAGCUCGCGCUCAUUGGAAUCACCGAUGGCGCCGUCGCUGCUGUGGAUGGCUGUGACGAGCUUCUGGCCCUCUACGGGAGAUUGUUCGGCUCCCCGGCUGCAGAGAAAGUAAAACUAGAAGUUCCAGCUGUGAUAGCACCCCCGAAGAGCAGUGGUGGGUCGAAGGGAAGCAUCUUUCGUGGCCGUGGGUCUGUCCGAUCUCAGAAAGACACACCUGCAGCCGGAUCGGCACCCGCCAUCCAGGUCUCCGAAAACGGCCAUCACCAUCAUCUCCCACAUUUGACACACCACAAACAUGAAUCGGGCAAUGGCCAAGCUGCAGAAGUGCCGUCCUUGUCAGAGCAUGCGUCAAAUGGAGCGCCAGUCCGAAGCAACGCUUCACGACCCUUGUCAUCAGAAAGCUCGCACGGGAAUUUUGUCGAGAAUAGUAAGACGCCUCUUCGGCCUGUUGCUCACAACUUAAGCCAUGAUUCACCCCCGCAAAACCACGAGCAUCAGCCUCCUAGACAAGAUACUCGACUUCCAGACGUUAACUACAUACCUCCGGACCCUUAUUUCUCCAAGCUGCAGGACCGAAGGCAGAAGGUUUCGUUGCUGGUCGAAAUUUGGAUCUUCACUUCUAAACUCUACACCAAUGCCCAAGCAUUCGAGGACGGCAAGGAAGCCGUCGCAGAGGCAUUGAAACUUGUAGAAACGUUCGAAAACGAGCUAACCCUAGAGUUUUCGACAGCUAAAGCGCUUGCUGACAAGAGUUGGGGAGGCGGGAAGAGUGUCGAAGAACUGUGGGCUGAUGCCUACACUGCACGCGGUGAGCUUCUUGUAGCUCAAUCUUUGAAACAUCAAGCGCGCGCAGACUUUGAGCGCGCGCUUCUACACUUCCCAGACCAUCCGCAGGGUAUUGUUGGCUUGUCCGACAUUCUGCUCGACAUUUACAGCCAGGCCAUCCCCAUGGAGCCCACCACAGCUACAGAAAUUAUCUCUCUGUUCCCAACACAAGCACCGACACCGUCUGCGACGACACCGUCGUCGGAGCCGAAGAAAUACCAUCUCAUGUCACAUAUUCCUUCGGCUGAGAACCAACUCUCGCCACCUGAACUCAGCCGUCUUGCUGCGCGUGACCGUGCGUUCGGGCUGCUGUCUACGCUGACAAAGCUCGGUGCUGGCUGGGACUAUUCAGAGGCAUGGUAUGCACUUGCAAGGGCGUAUGAGGAGAGCGGGCAGAUCGAGAAGGCGAAGGAGGUGCUCUGGUGGUGUGUAGAACUCGAGGACACACAUCCUGUAAGGAACUGGAGCAAUGUUGCUUCCGGUGGCUUCGUGCUGUAGUAACAGGGUAUAAUGGAGAGUGGCUAAGUUGCAUCGAACUGCAAGUGCAGCUGCGCUCGGGAUUGGAUAGCGUGCUGCUGUCGUGUCAAUGAACAACAUGAUAUAGGGCGACGUUGUAAAACACCUUGAAUAUGGAAAUCACCAACAGUGUUUUCAAUCUUCUUGCAUGGCUCACAAUCUCCAACUGCACUGUGCCCUGUACGGAGAUGCAACUUCUGAAGCCAUGCAAAUGUAUGUACUCGUUCGUGUCCUCUGAAACAUCGGCUUCAACCGAACAUGAGUACAAGCUAUCGUCAUCUAACGCUCUACCUUACAGAGCUUCGACCUCCACUCUGUCUCUGGCAGUGAUAUCCCGACCAAGAGACAAUCACGUCAGUAAUAGUAUCGUAAUCGUGUGACUAUGACUUUGCUUGAAAAACAUCAUAGAUGACAAGUGAGUCGUCUUGAAUCAAUUUCUU